AUGAUUGAUGACCAGGAUCUCGGGUUCAUUGCCAAUUUUCUUGGUAUCUUCAUUUUCGGCUUGGUGAUUGCUUACCAUUAUGUGGUGGCUGACCCAAAAUAUGAAGGCAACUGAGAUAUCUUAGGUGUUUUCUAACGGACAGAAAGAUAGUUUUAACUCUUUCAUGAGAUUUCAAAUGAUUCACAUAUUUGGUCAUUUAGUUAUUGUUUAUGGGUAAUGUUGCUUCUUUCUGACUAUUAAUCAAAUGAAAUGCCACCAAGAGUUUGUCCUUUACUAUUA